UGCUCGCGGGAGCUUUGCCUUCAUGAUAUUCGCUUUAAAAGUAAGCUUUCUGUUGGCGGAACCCAGUUACUCCACAGAGACACAAGGAAAGAGUGGUACUCCUCCAUUGCCCAUAGACUGCAGGAUGAGCCCCUGGAGCGAAUGGUCAAAAUGUGAUCCUUGCCUCAAACAAAUGUUUCGUUCUAGGAGCGUUGAGGUCUUUGGACAAUUUAAUGGGCAAAGAUGCAUGGAUGCUGUGGGGGACAGACGGUCGUGCGUGCCCACUGAUGUCUGUGAAGAUGCUGAGGAUGAGGAUGACUGUGGAAAUGACUUUAAAUGUGAAACAGGCAGAUGCAUAAAGAGGAGACUUUUAUGUAAUGGUGAUAAUGACUGUGGAGACUUCUCAGAUGAGGAUGAUUGUCAAAAUGAUCCCCGCCCUCCCUGUCGUGAUAGAGCUGCAGAAGAAUCUGAGCUGGCACGGACAGCAGGCUUUGGCAUCAACAUUUUAGGGAUGGAGCCCCUAAAUACACCUUUUGAUAAUGAGUACUUCAAUGGACUAUGUGAUCGAAUUCGGGAUGGAAAUACCUUGACCUACUACCGCAGACCCUGGAACGUGGCUUCUCUAGUCUAUGAAACCAAAGCUGAUAAAAAUUUAAGAAGUGAGCAUUAUGAAGAAGAGGCUGUAUCAUGGAAAACGAUCCUCCAAGACAAAACAUUGAACUUUAAUGGAGGUUUUGUUUUAAAAUAUACCCCUACUGAAGAAAUUGAUCACCCAGAAAAUAAAUAUGAAGAAUCUUCUCAGAAACCAGAUUCGUCAAAACCUAAUAACUAUGACAGUGGCUUGGGAUUUACAUAUUCCAAAAAUGAUACUUUCCAUCAGUUGUUUUCAUAUUCUAGUAAGAAGAAUAAAGCAUUUCUCCACGUGAAUGGAAUUAUUCAGCUGGGACGAUUUGUAAUGAGAAAUCGGAAUGUCAUGCUGACGACAACGUUCAUAGAUGAUAUUAAGGCUCUGCCAGCUACCUAUGAAAAGGGGGAAUAUUUUGCAUUUUUGGAAACCUAUGGAACCCACUAUAGUGCCUCUGGGUCUAUAGGAGGACGUUAUGAACUAGUAUAUGUUUUGGAUAAAGCAUCUAUGCGUGAUAAAGGUGUUGAACUAAGGGAUAUACGGAAAUGCCUUGGGUUUGAUGCAAACAUAAAUCUAAAUACUGACAUUGAACUCACACAAAAGGUUGAAAGAAAUCCUUGUUUAAAGCAGCAUGGAAAUCAAGUUGUAAACAUCUCCCGUGAUGGCCUCAUAGAUAAAGUUAUUUCCCUCAUAAGAGGAGGAACCCAUAAAUAUGCAUUUGAACUGAAAGAGAAGCUUUCCAAAGAAAAGAAAAUAGUGGAUGUGACUGACUUUGUAAAUUGGGCAACUUCCUUAAAUGAUGCUCCGGUACUCAUAGAUCAAAAGCUAUCUCCUAUGUAUAAUCUGGUUCCAGUGAAAAUGAAAGAUGCACACCUAAAGAAACAAAAUUUGGAAAGAGCCAUUGGAGACUAUGUCAAUGAAUUCAGUAUAAGAAAAUGCCAGCCAUGCCAAAAUGGAGGCACAUUGAUUCUGCUUGACGGACAUUGUUUGUGCACCUGCACAAUGUUAUUUGACGGACUUGCCUGUGAAAUCAGUAAACAAAAAAUUAAGGUGAGAACACCUUAAUGAUGAAAAUAUGCAUUUUGCAGCUAUUUAAUUUGAAAACUGGCUCUCGAAUUAAUUUGUACUUCUAGAUUAUCAAUGUAAACAGACUAAAAAUCAAAUGAAUAGUAAAAAUGGAAAAUUAGUCUUCAUAUGCCAUUUACAUGCAGUUUUAACAUUUUGUAUCUCAACAU